AUGCCUACAUCGAAACGCACUAACAAAACGUCAGGAUUUUCUGACGUCCCUGGUUUGGCGGUGGGGGCACUCAAACGAGGUGAAAUGUCUUCCCGACAAGAAGACAUUGACUACCGCGAAAUGGCGGAUAUUUAUCGUACAUUCUGUCCGCCCCUCGUCAAUAGACGCUGCAGAAAACUCCAGGUCAUCGAUCCUGAUAUCGUAAAGUUCGUGUCAGACUUCUCACAGCAGCAAGCCAAACAAAUGGGUGUACCAGCAUGGCUUUCUAAGAAAGUGUUAUACCCCGACGCUAUGACCAUUAGCAAAGUCCGAGGACAAAAGGCUGGCGGAACUUCGUACUUCUUGCCGAGGUAUCUUGACUCUCGGGAGAUCAAGAACCUUCUAACCGAAAUGGAAGAAGACCCACACAUGGAUAUUAGUGUCAUGAGUACUUUGGAGUCAUCUGGUGAAAAGGUGGUGUUGAGAUCUCCCGAGGGACAUGAUGCCGUCAUCGCCCCAAAACGUGCUACUUUCUUUAAUCAGGGCCUUCUUCAGCUCGGUAAAGACCUGAGAAGGGCUGAAAAAAAAACCGCAGGCUCCUUUGCAUCAAGGAAGGUGCAUUAUCCACCAACUUACAAAGCGCAUAGCACUACCGACACCUCUGUAAUCCCACCCAGUGCAGACCCCCGUUAUUCUAACCUUCCAUUCGGUUUGGUUCAAGAAAGCUUAAAAGAACCCCCACGAGUAUACACCAGGACCCGUAAGAAAGCUCUGCAGGGGCAUCUGUUUGAGGCCAACGCCAACUUCAACAGCGCGAUUCGAUUCGCCCUGCCAGAGCAUCUAGGUAACCUUAGUGGACUGAAUGUCCUCCAGUACAUUCAGCAGUUUUGUUCAGUUAAAUCGGAUCUGCGUGAUGUGCUUAUCCAUCGCUACCAGAACACCUCGAACUGGGAGCGGAAGGCGCCGUUUGAUAUGGUGAAGGAGCACGCACGUACAGCCCUGUUGGGAAUGAUAAAUGAGGAUGAAUUGGAUGAUUUUAUGGGGUACUUUAAGUUUUCAGAUGGCUUUACACUAAACAGGCAGGUGUAUGUGAAAAUAAUGGCGCUUAUAUUUCGCAUCUACGGUAGUCGACUGGCGGAAGUGGAUAAGGACUUUUGGAGGUUCUGUGCGGCCCCUCUCGAAUAUGUCGAUUUCAGGGGCCUCCUAGAUAGGCUGCUGGACGUAGAGUUGACCCCCAAUCUGCGGAAGCUCCUUGUAAAACUUACUCAAAUUGCAGUGGAAUUCCAUCUAACGUAG